AUGAAAGGCAAAGAUACAGAAGUAGUCUCUACAACGUCGAGCACAUCAAAAGGGUCCGAGAAGAGGAAAAGUUCUGCCCGUUUUUCUCUUCGGCGGAUCUUCUAUCCACACAGCCGGAGAUCCAAGUCUCAAGCAAGCCUAGACUUGGAUACACGGUCUGAGAGCAGCAUCACUAACACAAAUCUUAUUGACAAAGAUGGCAAUACAGUGCGGUCAUCUUCUUCAUCAUCUUCAGACUCAUUACCAGCAGCCCAGUUUCCUGUGGCAAAUCACCACACUUCGUUACAGCAGCAAACGCAGCCAGUAGCCCAGCAAGAAUUGCAGACUGACCACCCGACCCAAGGACAGCAAGUUCAAGGCCAACAAGUACAAACUAUGACAGAGAGAGAGUGUCCCCUCUGUCUUUCUGAGUAUGGAGAGGAAUUCUACCCGGAUAUCAGCACUUGCUUCCAUCGCUCGUGCAUUGAAUGCCUAAAACAGUAUCUUCGGAUUGAAAUCAUGGAAAGCAGAGUGAACAUUUGUUGUCCUGAAUGUGCAGAACGCUUUCACCCAAAUGACAUAAAAAUGAUUCUCAAUGAUUCAAUGUUGAUACAGAAAUAUGAAGAUUUCAUGGUCAGACGGGUGCUUGUGUCAAACCCUGAUGCAAGAUGGUGUCCGGCACCCAACUGUGGUUAUGCUGUGAUAGCAACUGGCUGUGCUAGUUGUCCUAAACUGAAGUGUGAACGUCCUGAAUGUGAGACAGAUUUCUGUUACCAUUGUAAACAGAUCUGGCAUCCUAACCAAACAUGCGAUGCAGCCCGGGCAGAACGAUCCCCAAAUAUGCGAGCUGCAGCACUUAAUUACAAUCAUGAAACAGGAUCGCAAAAAGAUGACAUUAAGCCAUGUCCUCGCUGUAGUGCAUUCAUCACAAAAAUGAAUGAUGGUUCUUGUAAUCAUAUGACUUGCACUGUGUGUGGUGCUGAGUUUUGUUGGCUUUGCAUGAAGGAAAUAUCAGAUCUUCAUUAUCUGAGCCCUUCUGGAUGUACUUUUUGGGGCAAGAAACCUUGGAGUCGCAAAAAGAAAAUCCUUUGGCAAUUGGGUACAUUAAUCGGUGCCCCUAUUGGAAUAACAUUGUUUGCUGGUAUUGCAGUGCCUGCGCUUAUUAUCGGAAUACCUGUCUGGGUAGGAAGAAAGUUACACUCUAAAUAUGAGUACACUCCUAAACACAGACGUAAUGUCACAAUAGUUACAGGGGUGGCUGCCUCGGUGCUGUUUUCUCCAGUCAUUGCCAGCCUCGCUGUAGGUAUUGGAGUGCCCAUUUUGUUGGCUUACGUUUAUGGAGUUGUUCCCAUUUCAUUGUGUCGUAGUGGUGGCUGUGGUGUGACCACAACCAAUACUGGUGUCCGCUUUGAAUUUGAUGAAAAUGAAGCUACUGUUGGAUCUUCAGGCCCAUACACGACUGAUAACGCAGCUGCAGAAACAGUGAACCAUGUGGCCAAUCCAAGUAUUGCUCCUAGCAUUGGUGAAGCUUCUGUUGCAAUGACUAACAGUCUCAGUGCUAGUGGCAGUCAUAUUGACCGAAUGGGAAUCCUGAGGGAUGAAAGUGACAGGGAUUCUGCAAGUCACCGAGCCACCACAGAGUCCAGUUUGAAUGGCAGCCUUAUGGAAGCAGGUGGCUAUCACAAUAAAUUGGAGGUUCAAGCAGAUGUAUCAGCCAAUCCACCUCUUCGAAAGAGAGCCAGUCUAAGUAGUGAAUCUGCCAACUUUAGUAUUGGAGAGAAAUCUGCAACUGUGUCAUAUGGAGAUGAUGCCAGCACCAAAACACUAGCUGGAUCUAUUGCAGGAUACAGAGACAAAGACAGCAUCUCUGCCACAUCUCCAUCUUUAGAAGUUCAAGCAGAAACCAUGUCCAACCGAUGGUGCAACAACAGUGGAAGCAGCAUUAGUGCAGAACUGAAGUGUAACCAGGUGGCAUCUCCAACUCAGUGGUCACCCAUUUCAGGACGCAGUGGCAGUUUCUCAGGUGAUGACGUCAUCAAGAACAACUACACAAAAUACCGCAAGAACAUACGGCUGAGUAUUGAAGAGAAGAUUCACGAACAUUUGUCCAGUCGCAGCAAUGAACUGGACAGCAAAAGUGUUGAAGGCACAGAACUAAAGAAGUCUAACCGGUCACAGGAACAUGCAAUGAGUUUACCCUUGGUUAACACACAAUGCAAAGGUUCUUCAAUUGAGAGUAUCGGCUGCUCUGCGACUGUCAGUGGCAAGAGUCUGCCUGGACUAAGUGAAGUGGAAAGUGGCAGCCCCUUGUGUUCACUGGCUGCAUCGAAACCCCUUUCUCUGAUGAAUGCCCGGAGCAAUUUAAACAGUUGUGCACUCUCUGACAAAUCUGACAUCUCUAUAGGUGACGGCAGGGUAACAGUCACGGUCAACACUGCAAACACUCAAAGGGAAUUUGAAAACUCUCAGCAUUGCUUACGUCGCCGCAGCUGUGAGCUGGCAUUAGAGCAUGGACGCCUGUCGCCCAAAUUAGAAUGA